GGCCAUAUUGUUAUGACGCAUACAAGAUCAUAGGUCUCCGCCAGUGACGAGUCUUCUCACAGUUGACGUGGCUACUACGUACCAUCCCGUUCGCCCACUCCGGACGCAGCAUAGACGGUGACGAGGAAUACGUAACUGGAAUUCCAAGCCAACGAGAAACUUGUCACACUACCAGAGUGUUUAUAUUCUGCGAAAGAUAUCGCCUUGAGCAUGUCUGAAGAUCAAGGAAUGCACAGAAAGUUGACCUUGAAUUUUAGGUGACCUUAGUGGGCAUGGAUGGAAUGGUGGAAGAGAAUGGCACUUCAAGCGGUGCUGGUCCCACGGAUCCGCUGGGCAGUGCGAGCUCCUCUGCGGCCGCGUCUGCUCCCCACGUAGUAGCUGUCACGAGCAUUGUGCAACUCACUUUGCCAACCCAAGCUCCUUCUGCACAGGUCCAAUCAGUAAUACAACCUAACCAACAGUCUGUUAUUCAAACAGCCUCCAAUAUACAAUCUGUGCAGUUACCAAAAGGAAAUGUGAUUCUGGUCAGCAAGCCAAAUUCUGUUAUACACACAACACAGGGAACAUUACAAACAUUGCAGAUUAAACCGGAACCAAACACAAUCAUCAGCGCUCAAGGUCAAUCAUGCAGUGAUGAUAGUUGUAGCGGUGAUGAGAGUCCGAAGCGAAAAUACAGGGAAAUGCUGACCAGGCGUCCUUCAUACCGCAAAAUCUUGAAUGACCUAGGAGGUGCUGAAAUUGCUGACAAUCGCAUGGGAUCUAAACCAGGAAGCGAGAAUGAAGUGUCGCUGUCAUCUUCUUUAUCAUUUGCGCCAGUAAUUCCUGCUGGAGCUCUGCAAACGGAGAGUGGUUUACAUACACUGGCAGUAUCAGGAGGGGGGGCUGGCGGUGCAAUUGUUCAAUAUGCGACAAAUCAAGAUGAACAUUUUUAUGUCCCUGGUCCAUUGCUAGAAGAUCAAACGCGCAAACGUGAACUCCGGUUAUUGAAGAAUCGGGAGGCAGCAAGAGAAUGCCGUCGCAAGAAAAAAGAAUACAUAAAAUGUCUAGAGAACAGAGUGGCAGUGCUUGAAAACCAAAACAAAGCACUUAUAGAAGAAUUAAAAUCCCUAAAAGAAUUAUACUGUCAGCAAAAGACAGAAUGAGGUCCAGCUGGCUAAUGGGUGUGCCGCUGCCCUGCCAGAGAGCCUGUCAGCACAUAUUGCUACUGUACAGUCUGUGCUAAAGUGCUGCGUUCUGAUUUCCUUCAUUUGGCUCUCGACUUUAUAAGGAUUGCAAGUUUAAGAUUCUGUAUUUAGCAACUUAAGUCAAAUUGUUUAUGCAUUGAUUGAUCAACCCAUAUUUUCUUAAAGUAUUGUUAGAUUUGAUGUAUUGAAUUGUUAAUGUGUUUUGUAAUUUUCUAUUGUUGUUUUAAUAUCAUUUGUUUUAUUUUUAUGCAGUAUGUAACAAAUCGACACAAUAUAAGAAGCUGUUUAUGUGACUUUGAUUUAAAAAUAUACAUAUAUACAUAUGUACUAAGUACUAAAACAAUAUAAGUUGAAUUUUAAAAAAUCAGUAAUAGCUUUAUAUACCAUUCCAAAAUGUUUUAUAGUGUACAUUUCAAGCAAGUUCGACUUGGUGCCAUUUUUGGAGUCUGAAUAUUAUAUCCCUUCAUUUUUUAAAUCGAUUGAAAGAUUAGAUCAAUGGAAAUUAAUUUCUUCUGGAAGUGACUUAUGUUGUAUUGUGAUAUUUAACAUUUUCAAUUAUGACUACAAAUUACCGAUCCCUAAAAUGCACAAUUUAGCAAAGAUACUUAUUUGCAAUUAUUGUUUUAUAUAUUUUGCAUUCUCUUUAUGAAAUAACUUAUUAUGUUUAACGAAUGUUAUCCAGGAAUAUGUGGAAUUGUUUGCAUAUGGGAUGGUACAGUUGCAGUUUGGUUUAUUGGUAUUAUUUUCUGUACAUUGAAUCAGGCAUUUGUUGUUUUCAUGUUUGCAGUUGAAUGCUGCUAGUUAUCGUCACACGUGUCUGUGAUUGAAGAUACUGAAGUGAUACAUACAAUGUGUAAGCUGAUUAUUACCUUAUAUUUUUAACACCACUCAGGUGUGUUUAAUGGAUAAGCCAAAGUUAAUAUUUUUAGUUGUUUUGUGCAAUAUCCAUAUUGCAAUGUACAGUUGUCUAUUUUUUCUUAUGUGAACUAAUAAAUGAUACAUACCUUUACUAAAUGAAAAUAAAAAAUUUGUACAUUGUGUAUAGAUGAACAUUAUUGUAAAAAAGAAUGUAUAAAAAAUCUUUGUAUAUAUACUAGUGUAAUAAUGUGGAUGAGAAAUGUUUUAAUUAUCUAUCAGAUUUGUGUAGUACCCAUUAAGUAAAAUAUAAAUAUUUGGGAUAAGCGCAUGUUAUUUAGUCGUAUACAUUAUACGAUUCUUCAGUUCCAUCAUCCACAUCGUAAUAUACACAUAUAUAUUUUGUUUUUGUGAAUGGGUAAUUUUAGCUGACUACCAGAGUUAAAAUAAGAUUUUAUAUAUUUUAUUUGCCAUGAUUGAGUUAUAUCUUUUUAUUAAUAAUAGAUUAUGACAGUAUCAAAUACAAAGACUUUGUUUACUGAUUAAAUAAACUGAAAUGUAAAGAAAGAUCAGAUAUAACACUUGUUAUUAUUUAAUAUAAAACUAUGUAUUUGGUAUAUAUCAUUCAUGGCAAAUGACUUAGCAUUAAUGAUAGACAUUGUGGAAAGUGCCUUUACUUAGAAUGAAUAAAAUUUAUACCAACAUAGCUCUUUAUGUUAACUUAAUGCUAUUUAUAAAAUUAAUAAUAUUAACUGUUUGAUGUAA